CGGGUUAGAAGCGGCGCGGUCAUGGCGGAGCGCGGACAGCAGCCUCCUCCCGCGAAACGGCUGUGCUGCCGGCCGGGCGGCGGCGGCGGCGGCGGCGGCGGGGGCAGCGGCGCGGGCGGCGGCUACAGCGCGGCCUGUCGGCCUGGCCCGCGGGCGGGCGGCGCUGUGGCGGCGGCGGCGGCGGCGGCCGCGGCGUGCGGGGGCGGCGCGGCGCUGGGACUGCUGCCGCCGGGCAAGACCCAGAGCCCCGAGUCGCUGCUGGACAUCGCGGCGCGCCGGGUGGCCGAGAAGUGGCCGUUCCAGCGCGUCGAGGAGCGCUUCGAGCGCAUCCCGGAGCCGGUGCAGCGCCGCAUCGUCUACUGGUCGUUCCCCCGCAGCGAGCGAGAGAUCUGCAUGUACUCGUCCUUCAACACCGGGGGCGGCGCGGCGGGCGGCCCGGGCGACGACGGCGGCAGCGGCCCCGGCGGCGCGGGCGGCAGCGGCGGCGGCGGAGGCGGCGGCGGCGGCGCGGGCGGCGGUGGAGGUGGCGGGGGCUCCUCGUCCUCGCCGGCCGCCACUUCGGCCGCCGCCGCCGCCGCCGCUGCCGCCGCCGCUGCCGCCGCUGCCGCCGCCGCCGCCGCCGCCGCGGGUGCCGGGACCCCGUCGUCGUCGUCGUCGUUGUCGUCGGUCGGGGCGAGCGGGGCGGCGGACGGCGGCGACGAGACGCGGCUGCCCUUCCGCCGGGGCAUCGCGCUGCUGGAGGGAGGCUGCGUAGACAACGUCCUGCAAGUCGGUUUCCACCUGAGUGGCACAGUGACAGAACCUGCAAUGCAAUCGGAGCCAGAAACUGUUUGCAACGUGGCCAUCAGCUUUGAUCGUUGCAAGAUUACCUCAGUGACCUGCAGCUGUGGAAACAAGGACAUAUUUUAUUGUGCCCAUGUUGUGGCGCUGUCUUUAUACCGCAUCCGCAAGCCAGAUCAGGUCAAACUGCAUCUUCCCAUUUCAGAGACUCUCUUUCAAAUGAAUAGAGACCAACUACAAAAGUUUGUACAGUAUUUGAUCACAGUGCACCACACCGAAGUUUUGCCAACUGCCCAAAAGUUAGCAGACGAAAUCCUUUCCCAAAAUUCAGAAAUCAACCAAGUUCAUGGUGCUCCUGAUCCCACAGCAGGUGCUAGUAUAGAUGAUGAAAACUGCUGGCACUUAGAUGAAGAGCAGGUUCAAGAACAGGUGAAACUGUUCCUCUCCCAGGGCGGGUACCAUGGAUCAGGGAAGCAGCUGAAUUUGCUCUUUGCAAAGGUGCGGGAGAUGUUGAAGAUGAGAGACUCCAACGGGGCCCGCAUGUUGACCCUGAUAACCGAGCAGUUCAUGGCUGACCCUCGCCUGUCACUGUGGAGGCAACAAGGCACUGCGAUGACCGACAAAUACAGGCAGCUCUGGGAUGAGUUGGGUGCUCUGUGGAUGUGCAUCGUUUUAAACCCCCACUGCAAGUUAGAGCAAAAGGCAAGUUGGCUAAAACAGCUGAAAAAAUGGAACAGCGUCGAUGUCUGUCCCUGGGAAGAUGGAAAUCAUGGCAGUGACUUACCCAUUUUAACCAAUGCUCUGCCUCAGGGGGCAAAUGCCAGCCAAGAUUCAUCGAACAGGCCACAUCGGACAGUGUUCACCCGAGCCAUUGAGGCAUGCGAUCUCCACUGGCAGGAUAGCCAUUUGCAGCACAUUAUCAGCAGUGACCUAUACACCAACUACUGUUACCAUGACGACACUGAAAACUCCCUCUUUGACUCCCGCGGGUGGCCCCUCUGGCAUGAACACGUUCCUACAGCCUGUGCCAGAGUGGAUGCGUUACGUUCUCAUGGGUACCCCAGAGAAGCAUUGAGACUAGCAAUAGCUAUUGUUAACACGUUAAGACGACAGCAGCAGAAACAGUUGGAAAUGUUCCGAACUCAAAAAAAAGAGCUACCCCAUAAAAGCAUAACCUCAAUAACCAAUCUGGAAGGCUGGGUCGGACAUCCACUGGACCCUGUGGGUACUCUUUUCAGUAGCCUUAUGGAAGCCUGCCACAUUGAUGAUGAAAACUUCUCAGGGUUCUCAGAUUUUACGGAAAAUAUGGGACAGUGCAAGUCUUUGGAAUACCAGAAUGUACCUGCACACAAAUUCUUAGAAGAAGGGGAAUCCUAUUUGACGCUGGCUGUGGAGGUAGCCCUGAUAGGACUCGGACAGCAGCGUGUCAUGCCUGAUGGGCUGUAUACACAAGAGAAAGUGUGUCGGAAUGAGGGCCAACUCAUUUCUAAGCUUCAGGAAAUUGAAUUGGAUGACACGCUAGUGAAAAUCUUUCGCAAGCAAGCAGUCUUCCUAUUAGAAGCCGGUCCAUAUAGUGGUCUAGGCGAAAUAAUCCAUCGGGAGAGCGUUCCAAUGCACACAUUUGCCAAGUAUCUCUUCACCUCUCUCCUACCUCAUGAUGCUGAAUUGGCAUACACAAUUGCACUGAGAGCAAUGCGGUUACUAGUAUUGGAAUCUACUGCUCCAACGGGAGACCUCACCCGCCCACACCACAUUGCGUCAGUCGUUCCCAACCGAUACCCUCGUUGGUUCACUCUAAGCCACAUUGAAUCCCAGCAGUGUGAGCUGGCAUCCACCAUGCUAACUGCAGCCAAAGGCGAUGUUCGGAGGCUGGAAACAGUAUUAGAAUCCAUCCAGAAAAACAUUCACUCCUCAUCACACAUCUUCAAGCUUGCCCAGGAUGCAUUUAAAAUAGCAACUCUCAUGGACAGUUUGCCAGACAUCACUCUUUUGAAAGUGUCUCUGGAGCUGGGUCUGCAGGUUAUGCGAAUGACGCUGUCAACCUUAAAUUGGCGUCGGCGGGAGAUGGUGAGGUGGCUGGUCACAUGUGCUACUGAAGUCGGUGUUUAUGCCCUGGACAGCAUCAUGCAGAGCUGGUUUACACUAUUUACUCCCACCGAGGCCACCAGUAUAGUCGCAACUACCGUGAUGUCCAACAGCACCAUCGUCCGCCUCCACCUAGACUGCCACCAGCAGGAGAAGCUGGCCAGCAGUGCCCGAACCCUCGCGUUGCAGUGUGCCAUGAAGGACCCACAGAACUGUGCCCUCUCUGCAUUAACCCUUUGCGAAAAGGAUCACAUAGCUUUUGAGACGGCUUACCAAAUUGUUCUUGACGCUGCUACAACCGGGAUGAGCUACACACAGCUCUUUACCAUAGCACGGUACAUGGAGCACCGCGGGUACCCCAUGAGGGCCUAUAAGCUGGCCACCCUGGCCAUGACCCAUCUCAACCUGAGCUACAAUCAGGACACACACCCUGCCAUUAAUGAUGUUUUGUGGGCCUGCGCGCUUAGCCACUCCCUUGGUAAGAAUGAGCUCGCAGCUAUUAUACCUCUGGUGGUCAAAAGUGUCAAGUGUGCAACGGUACUGUCGGACAUUCUGCGCAGGUGCACUCUGACCAGCCCUGGCAUGGUGGGGCUUCACGGAAGGAGGAACUCCGGUAAGCUCAUGUCACUGGACAAGGCCCCCUUGAGGCAACUCCUGGAUGCCACGAUCGGGGCCUACAUCAACACAACGCACUCACGACUCACACACAUCAGUCCCCGGCACUAUAGUGAGUUCAUCGAAUUCCUCAGCAAGGCCCGAGAGACCUUCCUAAUGGCGCAUGAUGGACACAUUCAGUUUACACAGUUUAUUGACAACCUGAAACAAAUCUACAAAGGCAAAAAGAAACUGAUGAUGUUGGUCCGGGAGAGGUUUGGUUGACGGAACUUGUAUGAAUGGGGGUGGGGAGGGCGGGGUGGGAGGGGUGGUUUGUUUUUACUUGAGCCUGCCUUUGUACCCUUUUUAACUUAAAGAACAGAGCCACAUCGGUAUUAUAUGUGUAUAGUUCUAUUGCGUUUGCAGACUAAAUUGUCAUGUUGUGAAAGUUUGCGUGUUUUUAAAAUCUUUUUUCCCUUCUUUUAUUUUAAGCUUUUCUUUUUUUUUUCAUUCUUUUUUUUCUGUUUGUGUAUGAGAGAGAGGUUAAAAAGGUUUGGUUUACACUGAGUAUAUGUUGUCAAGUGGCAAACGUCCGCAUAGCUCUCCUGUUUUCUGUAUACGUUCACAGCCUCAAAAAAAAAAAAAAUUGAAAUGGCUUUAAAAACCAAACAAAACACCUCCAUCCUGUGAUAAGUACCUCGAAUGGAUUCAGCUUUACUCCUUUGUAACUCAUCUUUACAUUUUCAGCAUAUUUAAACAAACCAACAAAAUGAAAUACUAAUAGUGAAAAGGCUGACCCACGUGGCUUUGCAGUGCUGUUCGUCCAGAAGCAUGGCACACAGUGCUUGUGCAUGUGGAAACUUAGCGACUGUCAACAUACAUUCUCAGGGAUUUAUCCAAAAAAAAAAAAAUUAAAAAAAAUGAGAGCAUUUAUUGUACUGUAUAUAUAUUAUAGUAUAUGUCUGAAUAUUGAAAAUAUAACAUUAACUAAUUUAUAAAAAAUAUUCUAUGUAAUGCAAAAUACUUGAAGCUGCAGUAGCUUGGUUUUAAACAAAAACAAAAAAAAAACUGAUGAGAGAAAACCUAUCUGAAGGACUACAUGUGCGCCUUGCUUCAGCGUUGGCUCAGGUGGUGAACUUCCUGCCGGGCAUCUGUGCGGAGCCACCUUUUGGAUUGCAUGGUUGGACUGAGAUCUGUUGGAGAAACGCUAUAUGUAUAUAUAUUUAUACAACUUACGUAUACAUAUAUAUAUGUAUACACACACACACACACGCACACACACCAACAACAACCACUACAGCACACAUGCUUGUAACAGGCACUAGAUUAAAGAGGGACAACAAAACAACACAGCCAGAGCAGCAAGCCUUAGCAUUAAGCAUAUACAGUAUGCCGGAAUCGGGGUUCGUGCCUCCUAGCCUAGGAAACUUAAAAAAAAAAAAAAAGAAAUAUCCUUUUGACACAAACCACAAAAUGUUUUCCAAAACAAUUGACAUAUGAGACAUUACGCCUUUGCAGUGAGCUAAUAAUAAGCUAACCUUUGUGCACAAAUAACAGUAUAUAUAUUAUAUAUCUAUUCUGCAUAGGUAUUUUGACUUCGUGCAGGACAGAAAGUUGUGUAGGUAUGACUGUUCUACUUUUCAGUUUUCUUUUCUUUUUUUAAUAUAUUUUAUUUUCUCUAGAAUUACUCAAAACAGAAGCAGCCUUCUAUCUUGCCUUGUCUUAAUGCUUUAAAAUAACCAAACUGGAGAUCUAACUACCAAACUGUCCAUUAUAUUAUUAAAUACCAAUUUUGGUUACAGUAUAGUGUCUUUACUUUAGCUGAUGGUUCUGUAACCUUGUGCUUUUUAAAGCAAUUUUUAUGUUUUGGUGCAAAAGUUGUCCAGUGUCUCUUGUUCCCUUCAUUAGAGAACAUGCUAGAGGUAUGUUUGUAGGUAUUUUUGUUUAGAAAAACUAUCUCAUGCGUUCCAUUUUAUUUAUUAUAAUAGGUAAAAAGAAAAAAAAAGGUUGUACUUCAUCACCCAUGUAAACAUGCUCAUGAAGUUGAAAGUAAUUAAGAUUUGAUACACUGAUAUCAAUUUAUUUAUGUAACUAAAUCACUGUUUUAUAAACUUGUUAAUGAUCAACAAUUUUUGUUUUGAUUAAAAUUAGUUUUUUGAAA